AUGGGUCUCAAAUCAUAUCUUGCCCCAGGCCGCAAGGCUGACAAGAAGGACUCGAAUGGCACUGAACUCAACGAGAAGGCCCCGGCCACUGGCGCAUCAACACCUCGUCUGGCUCCUCCUUCGGGACCAGUGUCUGGCGCAGCAACACCCUUUGGAUCAAGGCCAGCAUCUGUGUUCCCCGAAGGCGAUUUCCGUAAUCAUGCAAGAGAGGAGAUUCUAGACAUCAAGUGUGACAUGAUGGUUAACAACCUCUACUCACAACAGAUGGAACUGCUCUGGACCGCUGGUGGACACGACGAGGGUAUUCUGCUGAAGAAGUCAAGAGGAAAGUACGCCUGCUGCCCUUCAGAUCUCGAGAGCGAGCCCGUUGGCUUCUUCAAAGCUGUCGAGACUCUCAACGUCAGAGUGAGUAGAGUGCACAAUCUCGUCUCGCCCGUCUUCUCUAACUGUGUCUCCAGANGUGCCAUGACCGUCAACACCCGCGUCAUUAAGCUGUUCCUCCACGGAAACGAAAGCCCUUUCAUUCCCUUGAAGAAUGGUCUUCGUCUUCAAGUUCUCCCCAACAUGUCAUACCUGCCCCGAUGCGCCAAGCAUCAGUUCGCCGCUUUCAUUGCCGACCGUGGUAUCCUAGUCGUCUGGGACGAUGACCCGAGACAUCUGAUCAAGCGUGCCCAGGACAUCGAAAAUGCUCUCAUGAAGAUGAUUUGGCGCCAGGAGGGAGAAGAGGAGNAAGUCUCCGAGAAGGAGAAGACAGCCGAGAUCAACAUUGCUGAAAUCAGUGCCGACAGCGAAGAGGCCGGUGGCCUGGAGAAGCCCCGCCGCAUUGUCCUCACUCAAGCCAUCACUGGUGCCAUUACGCUUGCCCUGUUGCUCACUGUCAUGGGCACUGGUUGGCGCAAGGUUGCUCUGGAAGUCGCCACCGAUGGCAGCUACAUCCGUAUCGCCUUCGUUCUGUGUAUCAUCCCCCAGAUGUGGCUCUCGCUCUUCUUCUACCAAGCUGUCGUCAACAACAUUGCUCAGCUGUUUGGUCCCAUCUCUCAGCUGGCCUCAAACACCAAGUUCUACUCAGGUGUCGCCCCGAAACGUCUCAAUGCCGAUCUUACCACUCUUCCUCACAUCACUAUCCAAUGUCCCGUCUACAAGGAAGGUCUCCAGGCUGUCAUUGAACCCACUGUCCACUCUAUCAAGGCAGCUAUCUCCACCUACGAGAUGCAGGGUGGUACUGCCAACAUCUUCGUCAACGACGACGGUAUGCAGCUGAUCUCUGAGGAGGAAGCUCGCGCCCGCCAGGACUUUUAUGAUGAGCACAACAUUGGUUGGGUCGCUCGUCCUCGCCACGACCCCAAGGGUGAACACGGUGAAGCCUUUACUCGUCGCGGAAAGUUCAAGAAGGCCUCGAACAUGAACUACGCUCUCUGGGUCAGCAACCGUAUCGAAGACAAGAUGAACGACACUCCCAAGCAUGCCAACUGGACCAACGAGGACGAGGCUGAGAUUUACGUCAAGGCACUCAACGAGGUUGUCGAGGAAGACGAAGGCCGCACCUGGGCCGAUGGUAACAUCCGUCUUGGUGAUUACAUUCUCCUGAUCGAUUCCGAUACUCGUGUCCCUACCGACUGCCUGCUCGACGCCGCUAGUGAAAUGCAUCAAUCUCCUCAGGUCGCUAUCCUUCAGUAUUCUUCCGGUGUCAUGAACGUUACCGACAGCUUCUUCGAGAAGGGUAUUACUUUCUUCACCAACCUCAUUUACACCCAGAUUAAGUACGCUGUCGCCAGUGGAGAUGUCGCUCCAUUCGUCGGUCACAACGCUAUUCUCAGAUGGUCCUCGGUUCAGAACAUCGCCUACGACUGCAAGGAUGACAACCGUGAAAAGUACUGGUCCGAGGAGACUGUCUCCGAAGAUUUCGACAUGGCUCUGCGCCUGCAGAACGAUGGCUACGUUGUCCGCAUGGGUGGUUACACUGGUGAUGGCUUCAAGGAAGGUGUCUCGCUUACAGUCUACGACGAACUUGCUCGCUGGGAGAAAUACGCCUACGGUUGCAACGAGCUCCUGUUCCACCCUAUCCGCUACUGGCCUACCCGUGGUCCUUUCACCAAGCUCUUCCGCAACUUCAUCUGCUCCGCUAUGCCUCUUCCUUCCAAGUUUACUAUUAUGGCCUACAUCGGUACUUACUACGCCAUCGGUAGUGCUUGGUUCUUGACUAUUCUCAACUACUUCCUCAUGGGAUGGUACCUCGGUUACAACGACAAGUACUACCUCGAUUCGUUCCAGAUCUACCUCGCCAUUCUCGUCGUCUUCUCCGCUCUCGGUAACUUGUCGCUGGCUGUUCUUCGCUACCGUACCGACGAGCAGGGUCUGCUUACCGCUCUCAUCACCAACUUGAUGUGGAUCCCCAUGAUGAUGCUGUUCCUCGGUGGUCUCUCGCUGCACUUGUCGCAAGCCCUUUUGUCGCACAUGUUUGGUAUCGACAUGAACUGGGGUGCCACGAGCAAGGAAGCCGAAAACACGACCUUCUUCAAGGAAGUCGGUAAGGUCAUCAAGAACUUCAAGUACACCUUCAUCUUCUGCAUCAUCAUGUCGCUCGGUAUGAUUGCUUGCGCGUGGAUCGUGCCGUGGAACUGGCAGAUCAGACAGUUCUUUGCCAUCUGGCCUCUUGCCACCAUCAUCUUCUCUCACUUCUUCUUGCCCAUUGCGCUUAACCCCAACCUCAUGCUCUUCACGUGGUAG